AUGCUCUCCGAUAGCACGAGGGAUCCCGACACCCGCCGCUUCUUCAGCCGCCCGGACCAGAAGAUGUACAAAAUCCACCUCCCGGAGAUCCACAGUCGCUUGUGCAUCGGAUCCUCCGAGGGGUGGCUGAUCACCGCCGACGAGCUCUCGGAGCUGCACGCUCUCAAUCCGCUCACUGGGGCAUCCUUGGCCCUCCCAUCCGUCGCCACGUUCUUCGAUGUCGCCGGUGUCGUCCGUGACUCCGACGGCCGCAUCACCGACUAUGUCAUCGGCUAUGAUAACCUGGGGGAGGUGCCGUAUGAAGUGGAGCACAUGCGCGUGUACUACUAUUUGAAGGCAAUCCUCGACCACUCCUCUGCAGCCGUGGCGGUCAUCCACGGAGAAUUCAACAAUCUGUCAUUCGCGCACGCUGGGGACGAGUCAUGGACCGCGCUCCAACCACCAGUUCCGCGGAUCUUCUGGGACAUCAUCUUUCGCAAGGGGCUGCUCCACGCUAUGGCCAUCAGCGGGGCACUCGUAGUUUUCGAUCUCGAUGCCCCGGGCUCGCCGGUGGUAGUGACAUGUGUGGAACGUCCCCAUUCGCAAAAGUGGGAGCAGCGGGGCUGCUGCUUCAAUCAAAAGUACCUGGUGGAGUCACCGGACGGUAAGGAUCUGUUCCAGGUGUGGAGGGACUCGCGGUGGUUACCGGUGGACGGGAAUCGCUCGAGGGAGUCCGUCCUUCCCCGCGAUGCGAGGAUGACUGUAGCAUUCGCCAUCUUCAAGCUCGACGAGAGACGGAAUGAGUGGUCCGCGGUCAAAGACCUGGGUGAUCUCGCCCUGUUCCUCGGGCUUAACCACUCGAUGGCACUGUCCACACGUGAAUUCCCUGAGCUUACGAGCAGCAGCAUCUAUUUCACCGAUGACUACAGAGAUGGUACGAAAUGA